GCAGAUACCACUCGCAAGGACAUGAGUACGUAGUGGCAUCUAGGCUGCGUAGACAGGCCUGUUGCUCCGCGGCCACCGGCACUGUCCUACGGGAGGCAGGAUGCAGAUCGCAAGACGCGGGGCUGAAACCCGGCGGCUUUGGAGUCGUGGCCGAAUGCAGCCGGUUUUGGGGUCUGGGGGCUUAUUAACGACCUGGGUAAACGCACAUCAACGACCGUCAGCAACGGGCAAAGUCAGAAAGGCCAGCGCCUCAAAUAGGAAAUCAAUGCCAAUUCCUACGGUCUGACAGAAUCCUCGACGCGCGGACGUCGCCAGCUUCGGGCGGGCGCCUUGAUAGCUGGCGAUGUCAGACCAAAGGAGCGCCUUGGCCGCCUCCGAAUUCGCUACGUCGUAAACGGCGGUACGGGCUUCAGAUAUAAAUUCGGUCGCUCCCUUGAUGGUCCAGCCUGUCUUGUAGGCCCUCAGUGCCACAGCCAGUCUCCCACCACACAGUCCAAAUGCACGCUCUCGCUCUGCUUGGCCUCGUCGGCGGCGCCCUGGCUGAUCUCCAGUACAGAUCGCGGCCAGACCUGGCGCCCCCGCAGCUCAACAUCACCAUCCCCUCGACGGCCGCCGUGUCCCCGGGCUACACUUCGUGGGCACGUACGGCGGUGGCCCCGACCGGACCACGUUCCCGGAGCAGCCCACCACGUACAUCCUACGCGACGACGGCGACCUCGUGUGGUCAGGCAUGUCGGGGCCUCUCGCGGGAGGGCACUGUGCUUCAAGCCCACGCGCUACGGGGGCAAGCCCGUGCUGCAGGCGGCCGUGGCGUACAUUGUGCCCGGCCAGGGGCGCGGCCUCGGCGCGCCCCUGCUGCUCGACCAGUCCUACCGGGUGUUCAAGCAGAUAUCGACCCGCUCGCCGAUCAUCAUGGACCCCCACGAGGUCGAGGUCGUGGACGAGAAGACGGCCCUCGUCCUCAGCUACCAUCCCACCAUGUACGAUCUGACGCCGUUUGGUGGCAGCAAGAACCAGACGUGGCUGUUGGAGUGCAUCUUCCAAGAGGUCGACAUCGAGACCGGCAAUGUCCUUUCCGGGGCCCGUUCUCUGGACUUUUCUAGCCCCGCCGACAGCACGGUUCCCAUCACGGGCACCAGCGCCGUCGACUCGUGGGACUACAUGCACAUCAACAGCGUCGACAAGGACGACGAGGGCAACUACCUCGUCUCGGGCCGCCACACCCUGGCCCUGUACAAGAUAUCCGGCCGCGACGGCUCCCUGACGUGGCAGCUCGGCGGCAACGGCUCCAACUUUUCCGUGCCCGAGUCCGCCCGCUUCGGCUACCAGCACGACGUCCGGUUCGUCUCCCGGUCCGGCGACGUCGAGGUCGUCUCCAUGUUCGACAACAGCGCCGGCGGUCCCGACCCGUCCCGGGACGCGCCGUCGCGCGCCCGCGUGCUGCGCCUCGACCACGGCAGCCGGAAGGCCGAGGAGGUGCAGACACUGAGGUCCCCGGACCGGCUGGUCGCGCGCGCGCAGGGCAGCCACCAGAUCCUGGGGAACGGCAACCGCUUUGUCAACUGGGGCCAGGCGGGCGCCAUCACCGAGUUCGACCCCGAGGGGAACCCCAUCUUCAACGCCCCCCUCGAUUCGGGACGCCGGGGAGCUGUCGCAAUGAGCUACCGCGCGUACCGCUUCGAGUGGGAGGGCAAGCCGAUCGAAAAGCCGGCUAUCGCGGCGCUACAGGCCGGGAACAUCACCGUGUACACGUCGUGGAACGGAGACACGUCGACGCGCGCGUGGCGGUUCUACGGAUCGGCCAGCAAGGGAUCAUUUGGUGCGGCCAGUACAGGCUCUUUCCUCGGUGAGGUGGCAAGGAAGUCCUUCGAGACGAGCCUGGUUGUUCCUAACGGCAACUACACCCACUUUCUUGCGAGGCUCACGACGCCUCUGGGAGCGUCAUUGGCCGUUCAGAGGUCGCAACUGUGACGGUCGACAGGGCCGUGCAGUAGGUGGUUUGUUUGGGUGUUGAAGCUGGAUUGGACUUUCUGGCUAGUGCUAGAUUUUGUGUCAUGUAAGCCGGAUAGAUAGAAUAGACACACUGCAUCCACCCGGUGCUCCGAAAUCGGACGACAUUGCUCAAA